AUGGGUGUGAGGAUUGGAAUCGGGUUUUGCACAAAAUCAGCUAGCCUAAAUACAUUGCCAGGCUGGGAAGAUAGUUCGUGGGGAUAUCAUGGUAAUGAUGGAAAGUUGUAUUUUAAAAAAUAUGACCAUCCAUAUGGACCAAAAUUUAUGACCGGUGAUACUAUCGGAUGUUGUUUAAACUUUAAAAAUAAUACAUCAUUUUAUACAAGAAACGGAGUGAAUCUAGGAAUUGCAUUCCGAGAUUUGAAAAAUGCUUUGUAUCCUUGUGUUGGAAUGUUGUCACCAGGUGGAUCUGUAGGAGCAAACUUUGGCUAUAGAAAGUUCAAAUAUACAGGAUUAUGUAAACCAGUAGAAUAUUUUCAAUCAUCUAAAAAUAAUGAUAUUUAUGGUGUUUUACCAUUUAUAGCACCUGAAGUUUUAAGAGGUCAACCUUAUACUUUAGCUAGUGAUAUAUAUAGUUUUUCUACAAUUAUGUGGGAAUUCAUAUCUGAAAUUUCUCCAUUUGAUAAUGAAGCUCAUGACUUUCAACUUAGCUUAGAUAUUUGUAAAG